AUGACGUCUGGUACUGUCUCCUCCCUUAUGCUGCUCUUGUUGAGCUCUUCAGCAUUCGCACAGCAGCAAGUGCAAUACAACCAAGUACUUAAUAUCAAUGGCGAUAUGGACCUCAACUCCUUCAUCUUCCCCGACCGCUCCAAGGUCGAGACAUUCUCCCAGAAGCAGCAGCAAAUAAUCGUUAAUCAGCAACAACCCGCUAUCCCCGCCAACCAGGUCACUGGCUCGACAGGACAGCCCUUCGUUGCAAUCACUACCCAGUCCAUGACCAUCAGCACCAACGGUGCAACAGACUUGGUCGGUGGACAGGUCGAAAUGGCCAUGACCAUGCAGAACUUGCAGGCUGCCGCUGUUCAGCCCGACAACACAUAUGUUGCCAUGCUCUCGCCUGACAGGCAAAGCUGGAUGAUCCAGGAAACAAUGAGGAGCGUCAACACCACCGACAUGACCGUUCGCAUGGUCAAGCGCAACCAGCUUGACGGAGAGUACAUGGUCGUCGGUCGCCAGACCGUCGAGACUAACACUCUUGUCACACCCUUCGGCAGCGAUGGUUCCACCCAGGUCGCUAUACAGGGUACCGGUCUUCAGGAGAACGAGUUCCAGGACGGAUUCAGGAUGUCUACUCGUGCUACUCAGCCCAUGCUUAUGAACGUCAACGUUAAGGACGGUGUUGACUCUGGUAUGCUGGCUGCUCUUCAGGGCCAGGCUCCCGUCAACGACUACCGCUACUCUGUGGUCACCAACCUUGCUGCAGUCACACCUGACCUCAACCAGCAGGUUACCGUCGUCCAGAUGCCCAUCAAUGCUGUCCGUAUCCAGAAGAUGAUGCAGGCCAUGGGUGUCCCUCCCACCGGCCAAGUCGCCAUCGCCGUCGCCCAGCGGGGUGUCCUCCAGAACCCCGGCGGUGCAACUGGCCAGCUCCAGGGCGUCGGUGCUCCCACCCAGAAGCGUGGUCUCUCCCGCGACAACUUCCGCAAGGAGAUCGCUGCUCGCCAGAUCACUGGACAGACCAACAACCAAGGCAACACCGGUGGCACACCCACCAACGGCAACAACCCCGUCGCUACCCAGCUUCUCCUCUCGCCUACCUUCACCCCCAUCCAGGCCAAUGCCGUCCUCGACCAGGCCAACAUGCGUAUUGCUGUUCCCGUCCGCCAGGUCGAUGGAGAGUACAUCCUUGUCAUGCAGAUGAUGGGCGCCGCUGCUCAGGCUACUGCUCCUCAGGCUGCUCCUGCCGCCUCUCUCGCAGCUGCUGGCGAGUCCCCCAAGCCCGCCGCCGAGUCCACCGCCGCCGAGAAAGCCCCGACUGCCUCCGAGUCCGCCAAACCCGCCAGCGAAGCCGCAAAGACCGAAUCCAGUGCCAAACCCGAGGCAUCUAAGGCCGAAGCCUCCCCCGCCGCAAAGCCCGAGCGCCGCCAGGAGAAGACUGAUAAGUACGGCAACCCCGUCGCUCCCCAGGGCGCAGUCAUCAUGAGCAUGAAGCAGAUCGACGAGAUGGCGUCCAUGGUUACGUGGGGCGGCCAGGCGCCGAUUACGCAGAUGAUGAACGACUACGUCAAGGCGCAAACUGGCAAGGGUCUUGAUACACCGAAGAACGGUACGAGCACUUCGAGCGCGGCUGGUGGUCUGGCCGGUAUUACUGUGUAGAUGAGAUGAGGGUUGUGAAGAGGGAGCAGAAUAAUGCGGCAGGAGACUGUGUCUUCGCCACUACGAGAGGCUGUUGAGGAGGAGAUAGUACUCAGUAGUCUAUGGGGAUAGUGACAG